UUUAGGUUUUUCACAAACGCAAUUUGCAUUUUAAAAAAACAUGAUUCAAGUAUAAUAAUUAGCAAUUAAAGAACCACAUUAUGUUUAGCGUUUACUGACCAGAAAUACUAAGCAACAUUAAUCUUCACUAAUACGCUCCACCCAACUUCUUCUGUACAUGACUGGGCUGUGUGCAAACAAGCAGGGUCAUUGGUGAAGUCCUUUUUGACUUCACACCUGCCGAUAUCAUAUUCAAACACACAGCCGCACUGCUGAGGAGCGGCCGAUAGCUUUUGAAUCUUGAAUUUUGAGUCUUUUUUUUUUCGUCCCCAGCCAGCAGAAAAAAUACAGCAGCAUGGCAGCCACUCUCUGUCAAGUAAUGGGCUUGCUUUUGAGUUUGUUAGGGGUGGCAGGAAUAAUCGCAGCGACGGGGAUGGACCAGUGGGCAACCGAAGACCUCUUUGAUAACCCUGUGACGGCCAUUUUCUCCUACUCAGGCCUGUGGAAUUCAUGCGUCCGCCAGAGCUCCGGCUUCACAGAGUGCCGACCGUAUUUCACCAUUCUGGGACUGCCAGCUCUGCUCCAAGCAGUGCGGGCCCUAAUGAUUGUUGGUAUUGUUCUCGGAGCCAUCGGCUGCCUGAUCGCCAUCUUUUCAAUGAAGUGCUUGAAAAUGGGGAACAUGGAGGACAACAUCAAAGCCACAAUGACUCUGACUUCUGGAAUCAUGUUUCUUCUUGCAGGCGUGUGUGGCAUUGCUGGGGUGUCGGCCUUUGCUAACUUGAUUGUGCAAAGUUUUCGGUUCACAACCUUCGCCGAUGGUGGGUUCAGUUCAUUUGGAGGAGCGGGUAUUGGUGGACUCUCAGGAAAUCUGACUCCAAGGUACACUUUUGGCCCUGCUCUUUUCGUGGGCUGGAUCGGUGGAGCUAUCUUGGUCGUUGGAGGCGUCAUGAUGUGUCUGGCCUGCCGUGGAAUGACUCCAGAUAGAAACAGAGCGUACGACGGGAUGGCCUACAAAGCUGCUUCUCACCACACUAUCUACAAGUCGGACACCAGACCCCGUCCAGCCAUCAAUGACUCCUACAAGGCCCAGAGUGUGGAGGGAAGGCAGUCCAACCAGAGAUUUGACUACGUGUAGAAUCAUUUCACUCCUAUAGAUACCUCUCUUUUAUAUUCUGCUGCUGUGUGAUGAUGUUUUUCUCUUGUCUUUUGCCUGCAUUCAUGAGAAGAGACUUUUUCUUAUUUCUCUCUACUAUAAUUUGGCUGAACUGCAAAACAUUUAAGGUAUUUUUUUAUUGUGUUUUUAAUAACAUCAUAUA